UCACAAUAAGCUGACCCGGUGAAAAUAGUAUAAAAAGGUGCAAGGAAAAUGAUUUUGUAGACUUAACGUGAAAAGAAGGAACUAGUAAAAGAGUUACAGCAUGUCUCUACUGUCAAACUGUAUUGUAUUAGGCUGGUUUUUGGCCACAGUGAAUUCUCACUCCUGGUUAACAUGUGUAGACUACUUAGAGGAGAACGGACAUUUUUAUAGCCAUGAUCUAUGCAGAGCGUAUCCCAGAGGGGCGUAUCCGUUUUAUGCCCCAAAAGACAUUCCUUUUGGCACCGAUCGCGGCUUCAAUCACCAGCCGACAGAAGCCCAGGCGUGCAUCACGGAGAGAAAUGAUGGCGCGAACUACAACUCGGACUACCCCCGGGCUGUCUACUACCCUGGCCAACGAGUGGUCAUCGCUCACCCGACCAAGAACCAUGUUGCCGACACUUGCACAAACCCAUUUAUCCCAGACAACGGGAACUGGAUAUACUUUUACCCCACUGGCGAAACCGGCACCGACCCCACGUUAUCCACCUACAGAAGCGACUCAUAUUUGCUCGUGGACUUCGGUGUUGCGCCAACAGGACAGGGUGCCGCUAUAACAACGUACCCUAAGAAGGGAUUUCAAAACGCCCCAAAAUUCUGCGAGCCUCCUGGAACUGACAAGGCGCUGGCUACAUACGCAUUCGAUUUCCCAGAAAUGCCACCAGGUACCUACUCGUUCAUGUGGCUGUGGGAAUUCAACCAGGGAAGCUUUUACAGUGGGUGUUGGGAGGCGGAGGUGGUUGCCACCAAGGCAGACAGAGAUUCUAUCUACCAGGGCAGAAAUCAGCCAACAAGAGAUCCAGAUAACAUUGCUGGGGUACGGGUGGAAGUGGAUGGUUAUGGCCCAUACAAGCCACCUGGUGCCACCACGCUUGCACCAGGUGAAACUACGCCAGCACCAAUUAAUGGCAACUGGGGCGAUUGGAGCCAAUGGAGUGCAUGCUCCGUGACUUGCGGAGGUGGAGAGCGCGUUCGAAUCCGCAUGUGUAACAACCCGGCCCCUGAAAAUGGAGGUGCUACCUGUCCGGGCCUGGAUGAAGAGAGGGAAUGCAACUGUGAACCUACUACCUGCGCCGUUAACUCACUGUCGGCGGAACCAGAAUUACAGAUCAAGUUCGACAGUGUGUGGGACACGGGAAUGAAUGUCGAGUUGAUACUGCCAAAUCCCAAACCAGAUGAUUUCCAAGUUAUCGUGAAAUUCCCAUGUGCAGCUCAGGCAAUGAUUGUGUGGCAUGCAGAAGAGGUGGGCAACAGCACCGACCACGCCCAAUACAAGUAUAUUUUCACGCAGUCUGGCGUAGAUGCAGACAAGCUAGAUAUUGGAUUUACCGCUACAUUUGACGCCUGCACAGUCAACCCAAGUGAUCUUUUGGCAUAUAUUGUAGUCCCUUAAGGUCUGUGCGCUAUUGUACUGAAAAUGAUAGCGGUAUAUCGUUACAUCAAAUUUAUAAUUCUAUUGCUUAACAUAGACUGGAGCACUGACACAACAUUAGCAUGUUUCAGGCAACGCGAAUUGUACAUUUGAUGUAAUAAUAUUAAUGCUGGUGAAAUUAUUUAGUGAUGGUCUAUUUAUUUAUAUUUUCAACUUAUUUACAAAAUACAGGUUUGGAGUCGUCUCCUGAAUUCAUACCUGUACAUCUAGCCAGGUAUUUGUGGGGAAAAUAUAGACAAUAUCACUAAGGUUGAUGUUACAGUGUAUGUGUACUAUUGAAAAACAUGACAGAAAGACGAUCUGAUACCUUUUGGUGCAAAAAUAUACUACUACCGAAUUUAAUUGAUGCAAAGUCUUUUUCGGUCACGUUACACAAUCGUUUCACCGCCACUAGGGAGGGUAGCCUUUUUUUUUCCACCGCAGAGCGCGUCAUCAACUGUGUGUUCAUAUAACAAGAGGAAACCUUUCUCUCGUCGCAACAGUUAUUGUCAGUUCUGAAAUUGGAUGUAUGUGACUAUGAGACGAAUUAAGGAGAAAAUAAAU